AUGAACAAUGUCGUGGAGAUUGGAAGCCCUACGGAGGUUGUCUCUGAUAUGGAGGCAGUCAACGAGGACGAUGAUGGGGGUGGAGUUGGCAAAACCGAACCCCUUUCCCCGGUACCAAUGCAAGAGGACGGUCUGCAAGCGGGAGAAAUGGCGGCGGAAGUUACGCGAACAAGGAAAAGAGAACGUGACCGACUUCGACGCGGCGAUGGAAGGGGAGAGGUGAAAGAAGAGCCUGACAUUGAGAGUCCCACCAAAAGAGCCCAUGAACGACAUGAUGAUGAUGAGGCUCCGCUUAGUGGCAAGGAGUUGCGUGACCUGUUCGCACAGCACCUCCUGUCUGUGAAACAGGAGCUCCACACUGCUUGGGGCGAUGUUCGUGGACGUCUUGAUCGCGUAGAACAUGAAGGAGGGGCGACUAAAGAACAAGUUGCGUUGCUUAGUGGGAGAGUCUUGGUCAAUGAAAAAGACAACGUCGUGCAACAACAAGAGCUGGCUAGGCAGAAGAACCAGAUUGGAGACCUUGAGACAGAAGUGGAGGGGCUCAAGAAGCAGAUGGCAGAGAUAAAAGUACAGCCGACAAGGGCGGGGCAGCAGCAGCAACCUCUCCUCCUGCCUGGACAGCGUCCGGACGAGGCUCCUGACGCCUGGGCAUACUACCUUCACCAACGGAGAAGGGGAGAGAGUGCACAACCUCGCCAAGACCAGCAAGGAGGCCAAGUUGGAGGGGAAGUUCGAGGGAGGAAUUUUCCGGGACGAGGCGGAGACAAUGAUCAGUCAGGCUUGUCUGAAGAGGAUCGGCGCACGCUUAUCAUUGGCGGAUGGCUACAAGACACAAAAAGGGAGGUCAUUGAGUCGGAGGCGGCGUCUUUGUUGGCUUCUGCAGAACUCAAGCCAUUCUUGGACAGUGACAAGGUGAUCGUGUUUGGACCGAGGAAAAGCUUCGCGGUCAUCAAGUUCAAGGAGAGAGAAGGGGAGGACUUUUCUCAUGUUAAGGAGAGACUGUGGGGAGUCAUCAAGUAUGUCAAUGCCCUGAAGCACAAAUGGUUGAGCGCGUCGUCACCACAGCAGAAGCCUGCUUGGAUUUCCUUCCUCAAGUCCAAGGGGUCGAGACAGAGGACUGCACAUGCCUCUAUGCUUCCGCGCAUUGCCAUCGACCUUGCAAGUGAUGCUAAGACAGAAGAAGGCACCCCAAAAUGUCCGGAUGCGAUCCUGCCUGAGAGCUACGAUGUUGACUGGGCAGCGGGGACUACAUGGAAGGCACAAUGGAAACUUGGGAGCUCCAGUCAUCGUCAGCCAAGGGGAGAUGAAAUCAAAGCGAUGCCGGGUGGUUGGGUUGACAUUGCAGCGCUGUGCCAAGCAACCGGGGCGAGCACCUCCGAGGUCGUGUCGACUUUGGAGCGUGAGCUGUCGGGUCGAAUGAGUGCAAAACACGUUCGUCUGGUCUCGGCAAGCUGGAAUUUGGGAGGACAACCUUUGGAGAAAGUGAAUAACGCUUGUCCUGAGGGAGACCUUUUCUUUGUGCAAGAAGUGGCGAGAAGAACCCCGGGUUGGCAAACUCAUGGUGAUGAUGAGCGCUGUGUUUGGAUCUCCUUUCAACACCCUGAUCAAUGGAGAGGGACGGCAAUUGGCAUUGCGAGUGACAUCUUUGACUCCGUGGUGGAAUGCCGAUCGAGCAAAAGAGGAUGCGCCGUUGUUGUCCGACUUCGCAACUUUGGUCGAAUUGUUCUUGCUUCGAUUCAUGCUCCGACAGGGGUCAGCAAUGACAUUUACAGUGCUGCUCUUGAAGAAGCGGGCAAGAUGUUUGGUGACAAAUGGAGGCAUCUCCCAUGUAUUCUUGGCAUUGAUGUCAAUGAGGAAAUCCAGUGGAGGGAGGAUGGGGAGGCCAGCAUGGGGGCUGAUGUUUGUGUUGGGAACGCUAACUUCCAGGCCAUGACUGACAGCCUUUUGCACCAUGGUCUUCGUACAGUGUGGAGCCCAGACUCUAGACCGCGGUGGCUUUGUCGGGAACUUCCUCAUGAUGAAGUCCUCGUUGAUUGGGAUGACGUCCGCAAGCUUGCCAAGUCACAUACGAAGCCUCGCGCCUCAGACAAGUACAAGGAUGAUCAGCCCACUGUCGAGGCCUUUAGGACUGCCAAGGACACCAUGCAGCCUGAGGACUGGAAGCGAGCACACAAGUUGAGGCGCCAGGCCAGACGGCAGUGGUGUGCCUCUCGUCGUGAACGCAUUCUACGGGGUGAUUGGUUCGCCUACCGUGAUCAUAAACGGGACAAGAAUCGAACACCUGGCUGGUGGGGGAGACUUCUUGAGCAGAAGACGUCAAAGGAAAUCACUGAGGACGUGCAAAAACACCUUGAGGAGAAGUUGAAGGGACCCCCGCCGGCAGAAUGGGAUGAACGACUACGUGGCUUUCUUGGUGAACUGCCAGAUGAUGGUGGCUGGCAACCCUUCAGCUGGGAAGACAUCGGGGCGGCACUUUCUGAGAUGCGUGCCAACUCGUCUGUCAGUGAAGAUGGAAUUGGGGUUGACCUCCUCCGCCAUGUUCAUCAACAUGAUCAACUUGGCAAUCAGCUGGUCGACUUGAUCAACGACACGGUGAAGGCGCAAUCUGCUGAUCUCAUCGGUAGUAUCACACGCUUGCGCGACACCACGCGUGAAUGGAAGCUCCCCACUGUCUGUGCUAAACUGGACGUUAAAGGUGCAUUUGAUCGAGUUCGGCGAGAUGCUGCAGCCCGCCUCCUCAUCGAUCGAACCAGGAACUUUGUGCUUAACGCUGAAGUCAGAUGGCUCGUCCGGCAGCUUGGGACGAACUUCCUGGAUGGCUCCGUGCCCGGGGGAGCUAGAAUCCAGGUGGAAUGCACGCAGGGCAUCAAGCAAGGGGCCCCAGAAUCGGCUGAGUUGUUUGGUCUCCUCAUGGGUUGUCAAAUUGACAGUCUGCUAGACUCGCCGCAGUGGGCUAGGAUUCCCACGCCUUGGGGAGAUGUACCACUUUGUUUGCUCUUCUAUCAGGAUGACGUCUUCAUCUGGGACGAGAACAUCGACUCGCUCAAACAGCGCAUCGAGCUAGUAGCCCAGGUGUUGGGUGAACUGGGCCUGGAACUUGCCGAAGAGAAGACCCAAAUUAUUGCGUCCCCCCACUAUGCUGGCAACAGAUCCAUCUGGGUUGGAAACCAGAGAGUCAAUGUGCUUCCCCCUGAGGACACGAUCCGCGUCGUUGGGGUGAAUUUCUCUUUUCAUGAUUCCCCUGGAAACCAGGCCAAAGAUCUUCUCGCGAGAGCUCGUGCUGCAGCCGCUUAUCACUGUGACCUUCUCGGGGAGAAAUGCAAGCUGGGGUGA